UCUCAUAAAUAAUCUCAUUUAUUAUUAGUCUGUAUUGUGCAUUGUACAGUACCAGUAACAAUAUUCUCUCAUUAUGCGAUUGCGCAAUUUGCAUAAUUAUUGUAAGUUCUACGAAUUAUUAUGACAAUGCAACAUUGUAUCAACGAAAAUAACAUCAGCAGACAUUCUGGCGUUUCAAAUAAUUUAUGGGCGACUUUAAAUCCUCGGGUACGUCUUUCAAACAAUGCAGGUAUUGACAUUCAUCUUCUUUCUCCUAAGUAUCAUGGGCGUCUGGAAACCACAAGAGUGGCGUGGAAUAAAAGCAACUCUCUAUUACAUUUACCGGGCUAUUAUAAUAAUUGUCAACCACCUUUCCAUACUGUCUUUUUUGUUGGACAUACAGUUCAAAAAUAUUAAAAUCGGCUAUUUAAUCGACAAUUUAUCGUUGCUUUUCAUUCUUCUCAUAAUUCGACAAAAAAUCGUUUGCAUAGUUGGAAAUCGUCCUGGCAUUAUACAUAUAAUUGUUUCACUAAAAAACAGUCCCUUCAAAUUUGAGGAUCGUAAAGAAGAAGUUAUUUUUUCACGAUUUGAAAAAAUAGCAAGAAAUAUUAUUACGUACUAUCCGAUGAUAUAUCUAAGUAACCUAUCAAUGCAAUGUACAGGUUUCAUUUCUGUGAUGGAUCCUCCUUACGCUCUUCCCUAUAAAGGCUGGUUCCCUUACAAUUACACUCGAACAACAAAAGCCUACUGGGCAACGGCCGUUUACCAAAUGUCCGCAGCAUUUGUUUUGGGAACCAUUAAUGCAAUAUCAGAUAUGUUACUGCCAUGUAUAAUGUGUUACAUGUGUGGGCACAUUCACAUUCUGAGAUACAGGUUUCGAGUUAUGACUGAAAAAUUGCAAAAGAUGUCAGAAAAUAAUGAACCAAAAGAUGAAAUAAUUUCCACUGAGCAAAAAUUGAUGGCCGAUUGGGUUAAAUUUCACAUUGAUAUUUUGAAUUUAUUUAAAAUUACAAAUGAUAUAUUUUUAACCGUUAUAUUUGUGCAAUACACUAUAAGCUCACUAAUUCUUUGUGCGAUUGCGUAUUUAUUGUCGCACAUGGAACCAAUGACAAUGGAAUUCGUUGGAAAUUUAGCAUUUUUGACUGCCAUGUUUAUACAAAUAUUGCUGCCUUGUUAUUUCGCUGAUAAAUUAACUUUUGAGUUUUUAGAUAUAUCUACCGGAAUUUAUGACACAAAUUGGUACCAAUUAAGUAACAAUAUCCGUAAAUCGAUAGUAAUUAUACUCCGAAAAUCUCACCGACCUGUUACGAUGACAAGCAGUUUUUUUAUAGUUUUAUCCCUUGAAUCCUUCACCAAAGUCAUAAAACUUGCUUAUACUAUCUACAAUGUGCUAGAUUGAAAUGUUAUAUAUUUAUAUUUAUGAGUACAGUCGAGAAAUAAAUAAAUGAAUAUAGUUACGGCAUUUGUUGAGCAAGUGGCGAUUAAUAAAUAUGUUGAUAUAGUCAAUUAAUAGUUGGUCUUAAUAAUUUUAUUUUUUCAAAUCGGUAA